GUGAUUUUGAUGCAUUGUCCAGGAUCCGAAGAGGAACAUAGUCCUUAAUAUGUAGUACUAGAAGAGAAUUAAUAGAAUAUCCAUCGAGAUACUUACAUGAGAAUAGACUUGAAUACUUAUACUAGUUAUUUACUUGGUCGUUGAAGUAGUACGAUUACGAUUUAUAAUUACGAAUAUAAGAGCUCAGCCGCGCCUGUAUGUUGAAAAUACUUCUUGUACCAUGAAGAUAGAUGAAGUGAUCAACACGAUGAGGAUGCCAGUGCCCCGUGUACUUGUUAUGUAUCGUGACGACGCGAACAGGAGGACAAGAAGUUGACGUUCGUAAUCCUCAUACAUUUUUGGGUUCGACGUGGUUGGUGCCCAUGAAAUUCUUUCAGCUGCGCUCCAGCGCCACACAUAGUCCGAGGAAGGUACAUCAAUGGCACCGGCAACUCCGUGCGAAGGGGCUCAAAAACCUAUAGGCUCAGAUUCAAGAUCAAGUGGUAGUGAUUUUUUCCUUCCGACAAGAACUACGGAAGCCGCACCUUCAACAUCGACUUUACUCUUCCUCUUGACGGACGAUCCUCUCGAACUCGGACUCGCAGGCAGUAGAGCCAGUGGCUCUGCGGUGUUCGACAAAAUGGAGGCUCCUGCUGUUGUAACCGUUCAAGAAGAUCUUGUUCCGCAUCAAAGUGCUCCUCUUACUGCCACGACCUCAACGUCAAGUUCGCCAUCCACUUCCAGUUCGGGAGAGUUCAUCCCCAGACGCGUACUCUUCACCGGUGGUUGCGGGUUCAUAGGCAGCAAUGUCCUGCGAUAUCUGGUCCACACGUAUCCCCGCACCAAGUUCGUCAAUCUGGAUAAGCUCGACUACUGCGGGAACCCGAAAAACAUAGCGGAUGUGGCAGAAGACUGCGCGAAUUACUGGUUCGUGCAUGGCGAUAUAUGCGAUCGGGAUUUGGUCAGAAACCUGUUCGAACAGCACAGGUUCGACUGCGUCUUCCACUUUGCAGCUUUGUCACACGUGGACCGGUCCUUCACCAACAGUGACGAGUUCGUGCGGACGAACGUGAACGGAACUCACGUCUUGCUGGAAGCGGCUAUCAGGUGUCAUUUAUGACUGGAUGUUGAAUAAAAGAUAUAGGAGGAUAAUGGAAGCGGCUAUCAGGUGUCAUUUAUGACUGGAUGUUGAAUAGAAGAUAUAGGAGGAUAAUGGGUUAGAUACUAUGUACUUACAGGAUGAAUAUAUUCAUACAUAUAGAUACAAAGAUAAUUAUGCUGUGUCUAGAUAGAUACCCUGCACUUAAAAGUACGACUGUGAGGACAAUGCUUCGCAAACGCAACAUUCCAGACAUUGCAAUGGGAUACGGCAGCAUCACCGAGUAACGCUGUAGAAGCCUCCUGUCAGUUCUGUUUAUUAAUCCCCAACAUCUUCUCCGAUCUCAAUCACUGCCAUAAUCAAAUUUUGCCCCUUUCAUACCACACCCUCGAGCGCUUCAUCCAUGUCUCAACCGACGAAGUCUACGGAGACUUGAGCUUCGAUGA